UGGUUAACACUGUACAUAACCUCCUCACAAAUUGCACAGCUUCAGCAGCAACACAUCCAUUAGUCUGGAAAAGACAGCGUUCCCAAGUGGCUCCUGUGCUUUUCCCCCCAAUUCUCUUGUCACAGACCAAUCCUCAGUGUGCUUUUUCCUGUAUGUAGGGAGUGUUCAGCACUAAUCGGGUCAAUGAUCAUCCCAAGACUCAAGGGACCUGAAAGGAGCUUUAGUUAGAGGAUACCUCGGACCAGGGCUCGGCUGGCAGAAAAUAUUACACUGAAGCAAACAGCUCACUUGCAGCACUAUCUUACCCACUACGGGAGAACGUCUUCGGAUUCCAGCUUCUCUUUUUUUCCCUUUGGCUCCAGUAAAAGGCCGGAUAAAAAUAAAAGACAGCACAAAACAAGCAGCAUCUGUGCCGUGUGGCUUUUGGAUCCUUCAGAAUCAGAGACUCUGCUUCUUGAUUCCACUGCUGUAGGGCAGAAGGCAUCUCAAUAAGCUCCUCCUUUAAUGAAGCAGUGACCUCCUGUAGCAUGGUCUUGAGCUCCGAUCGAGAUGGGAGGUUAGCCAGGGAUACGCUUUUUCCUCUCUUUUCGCACAUGACCGGAUUAGGUGUAUUUGAUUGGUGAUGUCUUUUUUCACAUGACCUGGUUAAAUUCACGUGAUUGGAAAUCAAUUGAAAAAAGGCAAUGCACAGAGUUAGCAACAAAAGGUUGAACCCUGAAUGAGGAACAUGACACAUACUUUAAAGUUCUGAAAAGGAUAUGCAUUUGCUGUUAAUUUUCUUAAACUGUUGAAGCUGUUGGAAAAUUAGAUCUGCACCUUCAUUUUGAAAUUAUGCACCCAGGAAUGGAUAUAAAUGUGACGGCAAAGUUGUCAGCUGGAGAAGUAAUAUAUCAUUGUACAUUACCACAGUAAAAGUCCAUGUUGCAUGGUGAAGGUAAAAAAGUUCAAAGCUGGAUCCUAGAACUUUGCUACACGUAUUGGAAUUGUAACUACCCAGCUGUAGGGAAGUCUUUUCCAAUGCUAACAAGGAACUCCUUAUCGCUGCUUCUCUGGUUCUUUUUUGAUGGAGGUCUUUUAACACCAUUGCAGUCACAAGAGCCACCACAGAUUUCAUCACUGAAGCAGAGAGAAAAUGCUAUUAUUACAAUGCCAGGACGAAGAUCAGCUGCUCAGCGAGUUAAACGGGGCUGGGUAUGGAAUCAGUUUUUCGUGCUUGAAGAAUAUAUGGGUUCUGAACCACAGUAUGUGGGAAAGCUUCAUUCUGACUUGGACAAGGGAGUUGGGUCAGUAAAGUAUACUCUACUAGGAGAUGGGGCUGGAACAAUCUUUACAAUUGAUGAUACAACAGGGGACAUCCAUGCAAUUAAAAGCUUGGACAGAGAAGAAAAGCCCUUCUACACAUUACGUGCACAAGCUGUGGAUAUAGUUAAUGGAAAACCUGUGGAACCAGAAUCAGAAUUUAUUAUCAAAGUGCAGGACAUUAACGAUAAUGAGCCAAAAUUUCUUGAUGGCCCUUAUGCAGCCAGUGUUCCUGAAAUGUCGCCAGUUGGUGCUUAUGUGCUUCAGGUGAAAGCUACAGAUUCAGAUGACCCAACUUAUGGAAGCAGUGCAAGAGUGGUUUACAGUAUCCUUCAGGGACAACCUUAUUUUUCAAUUGAUCCUAAGACAGGAGUCAUCAGAACAGCAUUACCAAACAUGGACAGAGAAGUGAAAGAACAGUAUCAAGUACUUAUCCAAGCAAAGGACAUGGGAGGACAGCUGGGAGGAUUAGCAGGAACUACCACUGUCAAUAUCACUCUCACUGAUGUCAAUGACAAUCCACCCCGCUUCCCCAAGAGUAUAUUUCACUUAAAAGUACCAGAGGCUUCUCCAGUCAGAUCGCCAAUUGGAAGAAUACGUGCCGUUGAUCCUGAUUUUGGAAGAAAUGCAGAAAUUGAAUACAGCAUUGUUCCGGGGGAUGGAGGAAAUCUGUUUGAUAUCAAAACAGAUGAUAACACACAAGAAGGGAUUAUUUUUCUUAGAAAGACACUUGACUUUGAGACCAAGAAAGCAUAUACAUUUAAAGUAGAAGCCACCAAUGUUCAUCUGGACCACCGUUUCAACUCUGUUGGGCCAUUUAAAGACAUCGCUACUGUGAAAAUAAAUGUUUUAGAUGUUGAUGAACCUCCCAUUUUCAGCAAACCUUUCUAUACGAUGGAAGUGUACGAGGACACCCCCACUGGCACAAUUAUAGGAGCUGUAACAGCACAAGACCUUGAUAUUGGAGCCAGUCCAGUUCGAUAUUCUAUUGAUGCCAAGUUUGAUGCUGACAACAACUUUGUAGUAGAUGCUAAUGAGGGAACAGUGGCAACACAUGCAUUGCUGGAUAGAGAAAGUGUUUCACAAUUUAACAUAUCUAUUAUUGCAAGUAAAGUUAGCAAUCCUCAGUUGGCCAGCCUAGUGAAAAUUAUCAUAAAUGUUUUGGAUAUCAAUGAAUUUGCACCAGAAGUAUAUUUGCCCUAUGAGACAAGAGUCUGUGAAAAUGCCAAACCAGGACAGAUCAUCCAAAUUAUUGGUGCCGUUGACAGAGACAUGUCACCAGCAGGACAGACUUUUUCCUUCAGACAGCCACCUGAUGCUUCUGCAAACUCCAAUUUUACUAUCCUUGACUACAAAAAUAACACAGCUGGGAUACAAGCACAAAGGCAUGGAUACAGCCGUAGAAGGAAAGAAUUUUAUCUCCUCCCAGUGGUUGUAGAGGACAGCAGUUAUCCUAUUCAGAGCAGCACAAGCACAUUGACUAUUAGAGUUUGCAGAUGUGAUUCUAAAGGUGUUGUUUUGUCUUGCAACGUUGAAGCUAUUUUUUUACCAGUAGGGUUAAGCACUGGUGCUUUAAUAGCAAUCUUACUGUGCAUCAUUAUACUUUUAGUUAUAGUUGUACUUUAUGUGGCAUUACGACGCCAGAAAAAGAAAGAUGCCCUAAUGACCUCAAAAGAAGAUAUAAGAGACAAUGUCAUUCAUUAUGAUGAUGAGGGUGGUGGCGAAGAGGACACUCAGGCAUUUGACAUUGGUGCUCUUAGAAAUCCAAAGGUAAUAGAAGACCAUAAAGUUCGCAGAGACAUAAAGCCAGAACAUCUUUGUUUGCCUCGUCAAAAGCCACCAUCAGAAUUUAACACUGACAUUAGAGUUUUUAUUAACGAGAAGCUACAAGAGCACGAUACAGAUCUGAAUGCACCUCCAUAUGACUCAUUAGCAACAUAUGCUUAUGAAGGAACUGAAUCUGUAGCUGAAACUCUAAGUUCAAUAGAGUCACAAAGUGUGGAGAUGGAUCAAGAAUAUGAUUUUCUAAGUGACUGGGGACCUCAUUUUAAAAGCUUGGCAGAAAUGUUUGGAAAAGAAAAUUAUAAUCUGGACAAAAUAACUUAAUAUUCAGAAAAGAACAAUGGCAAACAAUUAAAAGCUUUACCUGGACUAUGUAAAAAGAACACAAACACAAUUUUAUAUUAAACUAUUUAUCAUUCUUUUUUUUCUGUGUGUGUCACAGAGAGAUUGAUCCCGAAAUGAAAGUGCACACGUUAUGCGAUUUUCAUUAAAACUGAGAAAAACUCAGGUCUAUAACAUACAUUUAAGACAUGACAACUGUGGCAUCAAGGUGGAAAGAGAGGCAGAUUUUUUUCUUAAUUCCACUAAAGUGCCUAUUGAAACUUUGAGAUUUGAAAUGCUAGUACUGAUGUAUGCAAUCUAACUAGAAUAUACAUUUUACCUUCCACACAUUUUUCCCUUAAAUAGAACAUUUUAUAAUGUUUGUUCUGGAAAAUCCUACCUGAAAAAAAUUCUUACAUUAAUGUUUGUUGCCACUACAGAUGUUAUUAUUUUCAACACUGAGAAGAUUUUAUUGAUAGAUCACACCUCCUAUUUGCUUAAAAUAAAAAUAUUUAAUAUACAGUGGGGAAAAAACAAAUAAAUAUGGAAUAUGUUUCCAUGCCAAAAUGUAAUCAUUACUUGUAUUUGAAUAUUGGUUAUUUUAGUUGUGGAAAACCAUUCCAUCAUUUUCAAGGCAUGGGUCUAGCUAACAUAUAUAUAUAUAAAAAAAUAUUUCCAAGUGCUCUAUACUGUAGCUAAUUAUUUUAUUUAGCAAUUUUCUUCUAAUAUGGGUAUGUGUCUAAAGCAUUAAAUGUCAUACGAUUAUUCAUUAAUAGUUAUUUUGAACAUUGUUUAACCACACUUUUCCUGGAUUUACCUUAAUUGAUUAACCAAAGGUUAAAAUUGUAGUUCCCGAAAUUGUAGGCCCCCAAAGCCAGCAGCUCCAUUAAAUUUGAAAAUAAUUUCCUUAUAUAAUAUAACAGCAAUAGGACUGAGGGGGAUGCUAUUUAUUUUUUAAAAAAAUAUUUCUAGUUUUAGUUUUGCUCAUUUGAAGAAAAAAAACCUCAAAAUUCUUGAAUGAGUGUUUUUUUGCAGUGCUAAAAUGCAGUGAACUCCCAUUCUACCACUUAUUGCUUCCUUGAAUUGCUGUAAAAACAAAAUUAAAUAGUUAAGUUGGGUUGAAAAAAGACCAUCAAGUUCAAACCCUCCAAAUGAAACACACUC